AAUGGACCACAGAUUUUUCCCUGAUAGCAUAUUGCUGUGCAUAGAACAUGAGUUCCCACGGGGAGCUGAGGUGGAAGCAGGCCACAGGGACUGGACCAGAUUUUGGCUGGUGUAGAGGUGUGGGAAGUGAAGUCAUGAAAAGGAGUUUUUGUGUGAGCCUGACAAGCAAGCCCCUACCUGUCAAUUCAGUUAAGAGCUACCUCAUUGAAGAAGGCCCAAUGAGAGCAGUGAUUUUUGUCACUCGCAGAGGAAUUAAAAUCUGUGCUGAUCCUGAGGUCAACUGGGCCAAAGGCAUCAUCAGAACUGUGGACAGCAAACUCAAAAAGAGAAAUACAAUGCAGACUAAGCCAACAGGAUCACAACCACCUACUGACAGGGCCACGACCAUGUCUGGGAAGCCAGCAUCUAUCUAGGAGUGUGGUAGAAUGGAUAGAGCGCUGCACUUGGAGUCAUGAAGAUGUGUUCAAAUCCUGCCUCAGACUUUUACUAGCUCUGCGACCCUAGGAAAGUCACUUAACUUAUUUCAGUAUCCUCAUUUGCAAAAUGGGGAUUAUAAUAGCUGUAAAAUUUACUUCAUAGUGCUGUGGUGAAGAGCAAAAGAGAAUGUAUCUUGAAUGCUUUGUAUACCUAAAAGUGCUGUGUAAAUACCAGUUAUUAUUGCUAGCACCUUGUCUCUCCUGCUACAUUUCAAAAAUAAAGUGACUACAUUCACAUGGACUGAUCAGAUUGUAUUUAACUUUCAGGAAGUACUGUAUGAGCCAAAAGAUACU